CAACAACCAGAGCGGUAUUAUUCCUGGACAAAUUUCUAACCAGCUUACUUUAGUUUCCUGUUGUAAAAAUGAAAAUGAUACAAGGAAAUUCUUUUCAUAAAAUUCUCUGGUUUAAGGAUGCAAGGUUCUUCUAACUUGUCGGAUUCACUGGAUGAUCUGCCCCAAGAAAUAGGUGAAUAUGACGAUUUCCACACCAUUGAUUGGCUGCGGGACAUUGCUAGAGAUCGCAUGCGGCAUCGGAACAUCAUCAAAAAGAAACACGACGGAAUCUGGGAAAAGAUAAAGAGUGCUCACGAUGCCUGGUCAGGCUGGGUCUUGAACUGUACAUUUAGUUUAAUACUUGUAAUUUAUGCAGGUCUUUGUGCUGGUAUUAUUGACAUCGGUGCCACAUGGAUGUCAGAUCUGAAGGAGGGAAUCUGUGUCGAAGCUUUCUGGUUGGACAGAGAGCAGUGCUGCUGGUCCACUAACCAGAGAGGAGCCGGGGAUUCCUGUCAUCAGUGGAAGACAUGGUUUGAGAUCUUUGGAGGUACUGAAUCGGGAGCUGGGUCCUAUGUCACUACAUAUGUGUUCUAUGUUAUUUGGGCCAUAAUUUUCGGAAUUCUAGCUGCCAUGUUCGUGAAGGUGUUUGCUCCGUAUGCAUGUGGAUCUGGUAUUCCUGAGAUUAAGACAAUAUUGAGUGGAUUCAUCAUUCGGAAUUACCUCGGGGUGUGGACCCUCCUGACAAAGUCUGUGGGUAUGAUGUUGGCAGUGUCAGCAGGACUUAGCUUGGGAAAGGAAGGACCAUAUGUUCAUGUAGCUUGCUGUUGUGGAAAAUUCUUCUCUUAUCUGUUUCCGAAGUAUGGUUCUAAUGAAGCUAAAAGGAGAGAAAUUUUAUCAGCUGCGUCAGCCGCUGGGGUCAGUGUAGCUUUCGGGGCUCCCAUAGGAGGAAUAUUGUUCAGCCUGGAGGAGGUGAGCUACUACUUCCCUCUGAAGACAUUGUGGCGGUCUUUCUUCUGCGCUAUGGCUGCAGCUUUUGUUCUUAGGUCAUUCAAUCCCUUUGGGAGUGACAGUCUAGUCAUGUUUUAUGUGGAGUACAAUAACCCAUGGUAUAUGCCAGAGUUGAUCCCUUUUAUACUCAUCGGUGUAUUGGGGGGUUUGUACGGAACUUUUUUCAUAAAAGCUAAUAUAGCUUGGUGUAGGUACAGAAAAACUUCAAAAUUAGGAAAUUAUCCAAUAGUAGAGAUAUUUGUUGUCACAAUAAUAACAGCACUUCUGAGUUAUCCUAACCAAUACACAAGAAUGAACACUAGCGAGUUGAUCAAAAUAUUGGUAAAACAAUGUGGACCUGAGGACGAUACAGAUCUCUGUGACUACAAGAGAAACUAUAGGUCAUAUAUGCUGAACGAGACAUCCAUCAAAAUCUUGACAUCCAGUACAGAGAUCGGAGAUGGUGUACAUAAGGCUCUAUGGAUGCUGGCCCUAGCCCUCAUUUUUAAAGGAAUUAUCACUAUAUUUACCUUUGGAAUAAAGAUUCCAGCUGGACUGUUCAUUCCUAGUAUGGCCGUCGGUGCUAUCAUGGGCAGAAUGGUUGGGAUAGGUGUGGAACAAAUUGUAGUUGCAAACCAUGACAGUCCAUUCUUUGAAAAUAUGUGCCAAUCAAAACAGUUUUGUAGAAUAAACCCUGGCCUUUAUGCCAUGGUAGGGGCAGCAGCCGCCUUAGGGGGGGUCACUCGGAUGACAGUGUCCCUAGUGGUGAUCAUGUUUGAGUUGACAGGAGGACUUCAGUAUAUUGUCCUUCUCAUGGUUGCUACCAUGACCAGCAAGUGGGUAGGAGAUGCUUUCGGAAAGGAAGGAAUAUAUGAUGCCCACAUACAACUCAAUGGUUACCCCUUCCUUGACAGCAAAGAGGAGUUCACGCUCACAACACAAGCUUCAGAUGUCAUGAGACCAAGUGAAAAUGACGCCCCUUUAAGCGUAAUAACACAAGAUUCAAUGACUGUGACGGAAGUGGAGCAUUUGUUAAGUACCACGUCUCACAAUGGGUUCCCGGUGGUUGUAUCUCAGGAAUCCCAGUAUCUCUUGGGCUUUGUUCUGAGACGGGAUCUCAGCCUAGCGAUAUCUAAUGCUCUGAAGAAGCAAGAUGGCGUUAUGAGUCAUUCAACUGUGUACUUUACAACUCGAGUUCCUGACAAUCCUACAGGUCGAGUUCCUGACAAUCCUACAAGUCCUACUCCACUGAAACUUAGAAAAAUCUUAGAUCUGUCCCCAGUGACAAUUGCAGACCAAACUCCCAUGGAAAUAGUUGUAGAAAUGUUUAGAAAACUUGGACUCAGACAAACUCUGGUUACACACAAAGGGAGUUUACUGGGGAUAAUAACGAAGAAGGAUGUCCUCCGCCAUGUUGCUUCUUCUGAAAAUCAGAAUCCAGAGUCAAUUCACUUUAAUUGAUUUCUUGUAUUCUUGUACAGGUCAUAUCAUUUUCAUUCUAAUGACCUGAUUUUUUUCAUUGUUCAAAGAUCUUUAUUUUCUUGUUUGUUCAUUAAAUGGAAUAAUAAAUAUUUAUAUAUUACGCCUAAA